CUGAAAUUGUACUGGCUUGAAGGUCGAUUUCAAAAAAUAAUCACAUUAUAUGCCAAAAAUUCAGCGAAAAACUGCAAUUAUUAAAAGUUGUUUCAAAAUUCACUUUUAACUAGACUAAAAAACAUUACAGUAAGUGUAUAAACAUAUCCAUGCUCUGACCCAGAUGUAAGCUUUUCUUGUGCAACAUUAAAUGAAGGCUAAUGGCCCAAACCUCUUGCUAAUCUUGAAGAUAUACAACGUUAUUUUUCUUAUAAGUUUCAUCUACUUCAUGGCAGACCUCGGUUUCACUUGUUUUGGUGCAUAUUAGAAAAAGUUUUAAUCCAUUGAUAUCGGAGAGUACUUAGAAAAGUACAAAUCAGCGAUGUCGAGGCUUUCGAGCUUAAUGGAAGUAACGGAAGACGAAAAACGAGCGAUUCUAGAUCACUAUUCAAUGACAGAAGAACAAUUUGAAGAAAACGUGAAAAUUCUUAGGACAUGGAUCAAACAGAGUGGACACUUGCCGCAAGAAGAAGAUGAAAACAAGUUCCGGUUGGUACUGCUAAAUUGUAAAAUGAGCAUGGAGAAAGCAAAACAAUGUGUAGAAGGUUACUACCGAAUCCGAACAAGAUAUGCCCAUGAAUUUUUUGACAAAUUAAUUCCUAAUGCAAAAGAUUAUCUGCAAAGCAAAAAUCUGGCAAAAUCUGUCGUUAUGCCUAAGCUAACUCCGGAUUUAUGCCGGAUAACAAUUUUCAAAUUAACCGAUCCGGAAGGAUUAGCUGAUGAUGCACUUAUCUACCAUAUUCCGGUUUUUAUGAUUACAGAAAUGCGGCUCACAAAGGAAUUAUGUUUGUCCAACAUAAUACUGAUAGAUUUCUCGAGUUAUUCCUGGAAAAAUCUCAUUAAAUAUACACCAACUGUUAACCAAAAGUUGGUGGAUAUGCUGAUAUCUGUGAACAUAAGAAUUCACUCAUUACAUUUCAUCAAUGUAACUGGUUUUAUGGAUCAUAUAAUGAGAGUUCUAAAGUCCUUCGUUCCUGGUAAAAUAGUAAACAAGAUAAUUAUUCACAAAUCUAGAGAGUCUUUAUGGGAAUAUAUACCUAAAGAAUGUCUACCAAAAGACUACGGUGGUACUCAGAAACCCUUGGACGAGAUUUACAGCGAUUGGUGCGAACAAAUCGAAGAAUCUGAAGAGCUUUUCAAAAAGUUGCUAUCCGCAAAAUCGUCUGCAAAAUUUGAACUUGAUCCGAGCCAACAAGAUGUAUUUGGCUGCGGAGCAGAAGGCUCGUUUAGGCAAUUAGUUCUAGAUUAGUACACUGUAAUUUCAUUUCAAAUAAUACCUUUGUAAAAAAGUAUAUAAUUUGUUUUCACAUAAAGCCAUUGGAUUCAUGUGAUCUCCAAAUGAUUUACCAAAGCACGUAUAAAACUCCAAAAGACGUUUAUCUAAUAAUACGAAACCAAUGGUGGUGCAGUAAAAUUUGCAAUAAAUGCAAACAGCUUUUCCCUGGCAAUAAUUCGAUAGUAAAACGUUGUUUAUUGCUUAGUGCUCGACGUUUUCACCAAGCUGCUUUUAUUCGCCUAAUGUAAACAGUGUAAACAUAAAUUGUGUUUCAACGAUUUUUCUUGCUUGGAGUCCCAAUCACUAUUUAGUUUAAGGGUUGAUAAAGUUAACUGGCCCUCAAUAUACAAUUUUACACAUCUAUGCAUGAUAGGUAUGUGUAUUUUGCAAAUGUUAUCUUUUGUUAAUUAUUUCCGCUUAAGUUGCCAGGGAGUUAUAGAACUACUGAAAUAGAUCGAAAAAUGAACUAAAAAUAAAACAUGUUUUAUAUAGUGUUGAAACGAAGUAUAUUUGACCAUUGACCAUUGACCAUUUCAUAUUUCUUGGCCUCCUAAUAUGGUCGUAUGUCCAUUUCAAACAAGUCAGAAUAAUUUUCUGUAUUUCGAUUGCAUAAUAGUGCUGUGCUAAUGACUACGGUUAGAUCUCUUAUUGCCUKCUUCRAGUAUGCAAUUAUCGUUCAAAAGAUUCAGUUUUUCAGUUUAUAUUCUGGCGGACAAUAAUAGUAACUCAUUAUUUUUGAAUUUAACCAGGCAUUGACAGAGCAUUUUUUUUUAGCUCUCAUAUAAUUUAUAAGAUGCAAAUGCAAACAUAUGUCGAUAAUAAUCCAGUCAGUGUCUUGCAACAGAUACAAUCUAAAAAUKUGCAUAAAGUAUGAAACAUUUUGUUCUUAUUUCUGUUCUGUUUGUCUGUCUGUUUUGUCCUUAAACAAAUUGCUACAUAKGAAACAGCUUAGUCUUGGUUAUAUCAAAAUUCUAUACUAAGUGUUUUCUUGAUUGUUGUAUUUUCCUCUUGAUUUACAAUAUUCAUGUUAUUGGUUUAUACCAAUGCUAUUUUCUUAAAUUAAAAUGGAUAUUGCUUUUAAAA